CCUCGAUGGCGCCGCCCGAUAAAGGGGCCAAAGACGACUAUGUCGUUGUGCAGACGCCGCGGGGGCCAUCGACCGAUGACGCACCAGCCCCAUCGUCGACCAAAUUCUCGUUCAUGUCGCUCUACCGGUAUGCUACACCGAGCGACUGGGUCCUCAUGGGCGUGGGUCUGCUCAUGUCUGUCGUGAGCGGCGGCGCGCUGCCCUUCAUGGCCAUCCUCUUUGGCGAUGCGCUCAACAACUUUACGCCGUUCAACCAGUCGGCCAUCAAUGAGACGUGCCUCAACUACCUCAUUCUCGCCAUCGUGCUCCUCAUCUCUGGCUAUGGCUCGUUUACAUGCUUUGCGAUCUCGGCCGAGCGCCAAAUGCGGUCGCUCCGCCGCGAGGUGCUCAAGCACAUUGUCUACCAAGAGAUCGGUUGGUACGACCAGCGCGACGCGAGCGAGCUUGCCUCGCGCAUCUCGGGCGAUACCGUCAAGAUCAAGGAAGGUAUGGGCGAGAAGCUCGGCGAGGCCCUCCGCGCUGUCUUCCAGUUCAUCGUCGGCUAUGCGAUCGGCUUUUACAAGGGCUGGAACAUCUCGCUCGCCAUGUGUGCGGUCAUGCCCAUGAUGGCCAUCUCGCUCACAUGGCUCAUCAAGCGCCUCCAAGAGUCGACGACGCGGAGCCAGCAGGUCUAUGCGGCCGCCGGUGCUGUCGCCGAAGAGACCAUUGGCGCCAUGCGCACGGUCGCGUCGCUCAACGGCGAGCCGCGGGCCAAGGCGCGCUACGGCGACAACGUGGCCAAGGCCGAAGCCGAGAACAUGCAGCUCGCCAAGUUUGUCUCGAUCGCGCUCGGCUGGUUCAUCAUGAGCAUGUGGCUCACGUACGCGAUCGGCCUCUGGUACGGCGGCUUCCUCGUCUCCAAGCAAGACGGUGCCGUCAACACGCCCGGCGAUGUCUUCUCGGCCUUUUACGGUAUCCUUAUGGGCACGAUGGCGCUUGCGCAGAUCUCGCCCAACAUCUCAGCGGUCGCGUCGGCGAAAGGCGCGGCCUUUACGCUCUACGAGAUCCUGGACCGGCCGUCGCUCAUCGAUGCGUCCAAGCUCCAAGGCGUGGUGCCCGAGACGUGCUUUGGCAAGGUCGAAGUCAAGGACGUUGUCUUCUCGUACCCGACACGUAUGGAGGAGACGAUUCUGCGCGGCUACUCGCUCACGAUCGAGCAAGGCCAGACGGUCGCGCUCGUCGGGUCGUCUGGCUCGGGCAAGAGCACGCUCGUCGCCCUCCUCGAGCGCUUCUACGAACCCACGAGCGGCCAGAUCCUCCUCGACGGCCGCGACAUCUCGUCGCUCCAGCUCAAGUGGCUUCGGUCGCAGAUCGGUCUUGUGUCCCAGGAGCCCGUCCUCUUUGCGACGACGAUCCUUGAAAACAUUGCGGCCGGCGGCGACAACAUCUCCAAGGACGAGGUGAUCGCGGCCGCGAAGCUCGCCAACGCCCACGACUUUAUCAUGAGUCUGCCGAGCCAGUACGACACCAUGUGCGGCGAGAAGGGCACGACGUUGUCGGGCGGCCAGAAGCAGCGCGUCGCGAUCGCCCGAGCGCUCGUGCGCCAACCCAAGAUCCUCAUCCUCGACGAAGCCACGUCGGCGCUCGACAACGAGAGCGAGCGCGUCGUGCAGGCGGCGCUCAACGACCUCAUGGAGAAGACCAACAUGACGACGAUCGUGAUUGCGCAUCGGCUCUCGACGAUCCGCAAGGCAGACAAGAUCAUCGUCUUGUCCAAGGGCCUCGUGGUCGAAGAAGGCACGCAUGCGACGCUGAUGGAGAUGGACGACGGGCUGUACCGGACCUUGGUAGAGCUCCAAGACGGCACGGCGUCGACCGACUCGUCGGACACGGACUCGCCGUCGCACGCGGACCGCGUCUCGCUGGCGCUGGAAGUGGCUGAUGUCGAGAAGGCCGAGCUCAUUCGCAAGUACAGCAGCGUGUCGCACCAGUCGAUCAACUUUGACGCACUACCAGAGGCGACCCCUGCUCCGGACGUGAGCUUUCGCCGCAUCAUGGGCCUUACGACGCCGCAGCGCAAGUACCUCGUCCUCGGCCUUGCCGCCUGCAUCGUCAACGGCUUCUCGAUGCCUGGUGUCUCGCUCAUCAUCGCCAACGUCAUGUCGUCGAUGCAAAAGUACUUUACCUUGUACCUCGAGACCAAGAAGCCCGAGUACCUCGACACGCUCUACAGCGACGUCCGCGACCAAGCCGUCAUCUUCCUCGGGAUUGCGAUCGCCAUGUUCGUCGUCAUGUUUAUCCAGACGUACACGUUCCGCGUCGUUGCCGAGAAGCUCACGACCCGGCUUCGCAACAUGCACUUUGGAGCGCUCGUGCGGCAGGACAUUGGGUUCUUCGACAUGGACGGCCACACGACCGGUGCCUUGACGACCGACCUCUCGACGUACGCGACCAAGGUCGUCUUGAUCGCGGGCGAGAGCCAAGCGCGGAUUCUUCAGUCGGCGUUCACGCUCGUCGCCGCCAUGGUGAUUGCGUUCGGCAUGGGCAGCUGGCAGCUCACGCUCGUCAUGCUGUGCGUCUUUCCGCUCAUGAUGCUCGGGACGAUUGCGCGCCACCGACAGAUGAAGGGCGAGAAGGUCAGCGACAGCCUCACGUUCUCCGGGUCGCUCGCGACCGAAGCCAUUGUCAACGCCCGGACAGUGACUGCGCUCGGGCUCCAAGAUGACCUCAUCAAGAAGUACGACGUGCUGCUUCAGGCGCCGCUCAAGGACGGCACGUACAAGGCCCACGUCGACGGGCUCAUGAACGGCUUCUCGUCGUUUUCCAUGUUUGCAGUCUACGCGCUCGUGUUUUGGUACGGCGCCAAGCUCAUCCACGAUGGCACGAUCAGCUACCAAGAGAUGAUGCGCACGAUGAUGGCCGUCAUGAUGGCCGCCCAAGGCAUGGGCCAAACCGCCGGCUUCCUCAGCGACACCGACUCGGCACAGAAGGCCGCGCGAGAGAUUUUUGCGAUCGUCGAGCGCCAGCCCAUCAUCGACUCGUCCAAGGUCGACGAAGGCGUCGUGCCCAACUCGAUCGAAGGCCGGAUUGUCUUCAAGGACGUUGCGUUCAGCUACCCGACGCGCCCCCACAUCAAGGUGCUCAAGCACUACGACCUCACGAUCGAGCCGGGUCAGACGGUCGCCUUUUGCGGUCCCAGUGGCGGCGGCAAGAGCACGGUCGUGGCGCUCCUCGAGCGCUUUUACCAGCAACAAGCCGGCUCCAUCACGCUCGACGGCCGCGAACUCGCGACGCUCAACCUCCCGUGGCUGCGCAACCAGAUCGGACUCGUCGGCCAAGAGCCCGUCUUGUUUGUCGGCACGAUCGCCGAAAACAUCGCCGGCGGCCUCGCCAACGCCGACAACGUCCCGGACCUCCAAGCACGCGUCGAAGCGGCCGCCAAGAUGGCGAACGCCCACAACUUCAUCUCGCAGUUUCCCGACGGGUACGAGACGCAAGUGGGCUUGAAGGGCGAGCAGCUCUCGGGCGGCCAGAAGCAGCGCAUUGCGAUCGCGCGUGCGAUCAUGAAGAACCCGUCGAUUUUGCUCUUGGACGAAGCCACGUCGGCGCUCGACUCGGAGAGCGAGAAGGUCGUCCAAGAAGCGUUGGACAAGCUGCUGGCGGCGAAGGGCCGAACGACGAUCGUGAUCGCGCACCGCCUCUCGACGAUCCGGAACGCCGACAAGAUCUGCGUCGUGAGCGGCGGGCGCAUCGCCGAGCAAGGCACGCACGACGAGCUCAUGCGCCUCAACGGCAUCUACACGCACCUCGCGUCGCACAACCAGAUUUAA